AUGGACCUUGCUUGGGAUUACUGGGAAUUACGGAAUCUCUGUUGCAUAGAAGCGGAUUUACGCUUAAGAUUACCUUGGCUGCCGUCGCCUGUGGAUUUAUGUUUAGGCCUGGAAUUUAAUCUUGAAUGUAAGUUGAGGGAUUUACCUAUUGAUUUUGAUAAGAUGGAUUACACUUGCGUCACACUCAAGGUCAUUGUAGGGACUGGUCGGCGGACCAAAUUUGCCCGAGUCCUAGGUAUAGUUGAAGACCAGCUGAGAACAUCAUUGUAUUCAAAAAGUCAAGAGCGUUAUCUACACCAGGGAAAGUCAUCAGCAGAGUCAUCUAUUGAGCUGCGCUCCUGGAAUGUUGACCGAUCAGCUUUACCAGCUAGUCACAGAGAGAUAUCCUCAGUAGAGCCACAGAUCAGAUUAUCAGUGAGAGAUCAGCAGCUGCAGAGAUCAUCCGAGAAAGAUAAGAGGAAAAAGGGAACCGACGAAGGAUCAGAAGAAGAGUUGCAGAAGCAGGAAAAAGCAGGAGGAGAAUUAGCAGAAGCAGGAAUGGAAGCAGCAGCAGAAGCAGUAGAAGCAGCAGCAGCAGCAGCAGGUAGAAGCAGGAGAGAAGCAGAAGAAGCAGCAGAAGCAGGAGGAGAAGAAACAGCAGCAGAAUCAGCAGAAGCAGAAGCAAGAGAAGCAGCAGAAGCAGUAGAAGCAGGAGAAUCAGCAGCGGAAGCAGGAGGAGAAGCAGAAGCAGCAGAAUCAAGAGCUGAAGCAGCAGCAGAAGCGGUAAAAGCAGUAGAAGCAGGAGGAGAAGUAGCAGCAGAAGUAGUAAAAGCAGCAGCAGAAGCAGCAGAAAAAAGCAGUAAAGCAGGAGGGGAAGAAGCAGCAGUAUCAGAAUCAGCAGAAGCAGUAGAAGAAGCAGUAGAAUCCAGCAGAAGCAGGAGAGCAGGAGGAGAGGAAGCAGCAACAGCAGCAGCAGCAGCAGGAGAAGCAGGAGGAGAAAGCAGAAGAAGCAGUAGAAGUAGCAGCAGAAAAAGAGCACUGUAG